GGACGCCGGGUCGCGAUGCAGAGGCUGGGGGUGGUGCUGGGACACCUGCGGGGCCAGCCCGACGCCCACCCGGGGCCUGCGCUGCGGGCCGAGUGGUGCCUGAGCGGCGCCCCGGCGGCCUCAGCCGCGGACGUGGUGGUGGUGCACGGGCGGCGCACGGCCAUCGGCCGAGGGGGCCGCGGCGGCUUCAAGGACACCACCCCGGACGAGCUCCUCUCGACCGUGUUGACCGCGGUUCUCCAGGACGUGGGGCUGAGUCCGGCCCAGCUGGGGGACAUCUGCGUGGGAAAUGUACUUCAGCCAGGGGCCGGGGCAGUCAUGGCUCGAAUCGCCCAGUUUCUGAGUGACAUCCCAGAGACUGUGCCCUUGUCCAGUGUCAACAGGCAGUGCUCGUCCGGGCUGCAGGCAGUGGCCAGCAUAGCUGGUGGCAUCAGAAGCGGGUCUUAUGACAUUGGCAUGGCCUGUGGGGUGGAGUCCAUGUCCCUGGCUGGCGGAGUGAACCCUGGAAAUAUUACUUCGCGCUUGGCAGAGAACGAGAAGGCCAGAGACUGCCUGAUUCCUAUGGGGAUAACCUCAGAGAAUGUGGCUGAGCAGUUUGGCAUUUCCCGGGAGAAGCAGGACACCUUCGCACUGGCUUCCCAGCAGAAGGCAGCCAGAGCCCAGAGCAAGGGCUGGUUCCAGGCUGAGAUUGUGCCCGUGACCACCACGGUCCACGAUGACAAGGGCACCGAGAGAACCAUCACCGUGGCCCAAGAUGAGGGCAUCCGUGCCAACACCACCAUGGAGGGCCUGGCCAAACUGAAGCCUGCCUUCAAGGAGGGUGGCUCUACCACAGCCGGAAACUCCAGCCAGGUGAGUGACGGGGCGGCCGCUAUCCUGCUGGCGCGGAGGUCUAAGGCAGAAGAGUUGGGCCUUCCCAUCCUUGGGGUCCUGAGGUCCUAUGCAGUGGUAGGGGUCCCGCCGAACAUCAUGGGCAUUGGGCCUGCCUAUGCCAUCCCUGUAGCUUUGCAGAAAGCAGGGCUGACACUGGAUGAUGUGGACAUCUUUGAGAUCAACGAGGCAUUUGCCAGCCAGGCUGUCUACUGUGUGGAGAAGCUAAAAAUCCCUCCUGAGAAGGUGAACCCUCUGGGGGGUGCAGUAGCCUUGGGCCACCCACUGGGCUGUACCGGGGCACGACAGGUCAUCACACUGCUCAACGAGCUGAAGCGCCGUGGGAAGAGGGCGUACGGGGUGGUAUCCAUGUGCAUGGGGACCGGAAUGGGAGCUGCUGCUGUCUUUGAGUACCCUGGGAGCUGAGUGAGGCCCCAGGUGGCUGGCGGGCUAGGGUUGCUACCCAGACAGCCCUGCUCUGGUGGCAAGAGAUCAACACUGUAUGUGAAGCCACACAGGAAAACCGAGCACUGGUGGUGGUGGUGGGCAAAUCAAGGCACUUCAACAAAUUUAGAAAAUGUGAACCCUGAACAUGCAGUAGAGUGAAUAGACGGCAGGGCUGCCGCCUCUCAUUGGGCCGGACCAAGUUGGCCUAGGUCAUCCAGACCACAGGGCCACCGGGUAAUUCUAGGGGUAAGAGGUGAAUGGAUACAGUAAAUGUGUGCUGUCUUA